GGACUACAAAGAGAGACACGAGUGACGCUCCUUCAUUCAUUUUUCUCUUGGCUUGCGAGUGAAGUGGGUGAUACAUAUUUUUCUUUACUAUUUUUACCUUUGCCCCCUUUCCCUUUAUUUAUGCUACCCGCCCUUCAUUUUUCCAGUUUUUUCCUACACUUAUUUAGCUUCUCCUUGUUUCUUAUUACACAUUUUGUACUCUAUUACAUGCAUGUCUCUUUUUCUACUUUGCAUGUGUCACUUCUAACCAUUCUGCAGACUUAAGUACAUAAUCAUACUUGUGCAUGUUUAGUUAUUUACAUAUAGAUAGAUAGAUUGUUAGUUGUUUGUGUCUUUGUGUCUGAAAAUGGCAAACUUGGAAGGGAUCAAGAAUGAGACCGUUGAUUUGGAAAGCAUACCGGUCGACGAAGUGUUUGAACAGCUGAAAUGUACAAGACAAGGUUUGACAAGUGAGGAAGGCCAGCAAAGACUGCAGAUCUUUGGCCCCAAUAAGCUUGAAGAGAAGAAGGAAAGUGCUUUUCUUAAAUUUCUGGGGUUUAUGUGGAAUCCUCUGUCAUGGGUUAUGGAGAUUGCUGCUAUCAUGGCCAUUGCUUUAGCAAAUGGAGAUGACCGUCCUCCGGAUUGGCAAGAUUUUGUUGGUAUCGUGGUAUUGCUUUUCGUCAAUUCCACUAUAAGUUUCAUAGAAGAAAAUAAUGCAGGCAAUGCUGCAGCAGCACUGAUGGCAGGGCUUGCCCCUAAGACAAAGGUCUUGAGAGAUACCAAGUGGAGUGAGCAGGAUGCUGCAAUACUUGUGCCUGGAGAUGUAAUAAGCAUUAAGUUGGGAGACAUAGUUCCAGCUGAUGCUCGCCUCCUUGAUGGUGAUCCUCUAAAGAUUGACCAGUCAGCACUCACCGGAGAAAGUCUGCCUGUAAAUAAAAAUCCUGGUGAUGAAGUAUUUUCAGGUUCAACUUGCAAACAAGGUGAGAUUGAGGCUGUUGUAAUUGCCACCGGAGUCCAUACCUUCUUUGGGAAGGCUGCUCACCUUGUUGACAGCACUAAUAAUGUCGGCCACUUCCAGAUGGUGCUAACAGCCAUUGGUAACUUUUGCAUAGUCUCUAUUGCGGUGGGAAUUAUAGUAGAGAUAGUUGUCAUGUAUCCUAUUCAACAUCGCAAAUACAGGGAUGGAAUUGAUAACCUGUUGGUUCUUCUCAUUGGAGGCAUUCCAAUUGCCAUGCCCACUGUGUUGUCAGUGACAAUGGCUAUUGGAUCACAUAAAUUGUCAGAACAAGGUGCCAUCACCAAGAGGAUGACAGCUAUUGAAGAAAUGGCCGGAAUGGAUGUUCUUUGCAGUGACAAGACUGGGACUCUCACCCUUAACAAGCUUACUGUAGACAAAAACCUUGUUGAGGUAUUUGCAAAAGAUAUGGACAAGGACACUGUACUUCUUUAUGGGGCUAGGGCAUCUAGGGUGGAGAACCAGGACGCCAUUGAUGCUUGUAUUGUGGGAAUGUUGAGUGAUCCAAAAGAGGCUAGGGCGGGGAUCAAUGAGAUACAUUUCCUGCCUUUUAACCCAGUAGACAAGCGCACAGCUAUCACAUACACUGACUCUAGUGACAAUUGGUAUCGAAUUAGCAAAGGGGCACCUGAGCAGAUCAUUGAACUUUGCAAUCUUAAAGAUGAUGUUAGUAAGAGGGCCCAUUCCAUCAUUGAUAAGUUUGCUGAUCGUGGUCUUCGCUCUUUGGCAGUGGCACAACAGACAAUACCUGAAAAGAAUAAAGACAGUCCAGGAGGGCCAUGGGUAUUUGUGGGCCUUUUGCCUCUUUUUGAUCCUCCAAGGCAUGAUAGUGCAGAAACCAUUCGUCGCGCUCUCCAUCUUGGCGUGAAUGUUAAGAUGAUCACCGGAGACCAGCUAGCUAUUGGGAAAGAGACUGGUCGCAGACUUGGCAUGGGAACCAACAUGUAUCCGUCUUCAUCACUCCUUGGCCAGCACAAAGAUGAAGCCAUUGCUCAUCUCCCUGUUGAGGAGCUCAUAGAGACAGCUGAUGGUUUUGCUGGUGUUUUCCCUGAGCACAAGUAUGAGAUCGUGAAGAAGCUACAAGAGAGGAAACACAUAUGUGGCAUGACAGGAGAUGGUGUUAAUGAUGCCCCGGCUUUAAAGAAGGCUGACAUCGGUAUCGCUGUGGCUGAUGCAACAGACGCUGCCCGUGGUGCAUCGGACAUAGUGUUGACAGAACCUGGAUUGAGUGUGAUUAUUCAUGCUGUAUUAACAAGCAGGGCCAUCUUCCAGAGGAUGAAAAAUUAUACCAUAUAUGCUGUGUCCAUCACAAUCCGUAUCGUGCUAGGGUUCAUGUUGAUUGCACUUAUCUGGAAGUUUGAUUUCUCUCCUUUCAUGGUUUUAAUCAUUGCCAUUCUGAAUGAUGGUACCAUAAUGACCAUUUCAAAAGACAAGGUGAAACCGUCCCCGUUGCCUGAUUCAUGGAAACUGAAGGAGAUUUUUGCCACUGGUAUUGUUCUGGGAACUUAUCUAGCUGUGAUGACUGUCAUAUUCUUCUAUGCUGCUCAUGAUACAGACUUCUUCUCUGACAACUUCGAUGUAAAGUCAAUCAGGGACAAGGACCAUGAACUUAUAUCGGCAGUUUACCUUCAAGUAAGUAUUGUGAGCCAAGCUCUAAUUUUUGUUACUCGAUCUCGGAGCUGGUCAUUCGUGGAACGUCCUGGCUUUCUGCUUAUGGGUGCAUUCAUAAUAGCACAACUGAUUGCCACGUUCAUUGCUGUCUAUGCAAAUUGGGACUUCGCCAAUAUUAAAGGUAUUGGCUGGGGAUGGGCUGGGAUCAUUUGGCUUUACAGUAUCAUUUUCUACAUCCCUCUGGAUCUCCUCAAAUUUUUGAUUGCAUAUACCAUUAGUGGAAAGGGAUGGAAUAAUCUGAUCGAUAGGAGGAUUGCAUUUACAAACAAAAAGGACUAUGGGCGAGGUGAAAGAGAGGCUCAGUGGGCUCUGGCUCAGCGCACACUGCACGGCCUUCAGCCUCCAAAUACCUCAGAGCUAUUUACUGACAAGACUAAUUAUAGAGAACUCUCUGAAAUCGCUGAACAAGCCAAAAGACGUGCUGAGGUUGCCAGGCUAAGGGAACUUCAUACGCUAAAGGGGCACGUUGAAUCGGUGGUGAAGCUCAAAGGUCUUGAUAUGGAGGGCAUCCAGCAACACUACACUGUUUAAAGAGCAGGAAGACAAGUGCAAGAACUUUCACAUUUUCAAGUGGUAUGUAGCAACUUAAUUCAUUCUUAUUCAUUUUUUAGAUUCAUCAACGGAGGUGGAAGGGUCGGAAAUAAUCCAACAAAAGGAUCCAUUACCGUUACCCAAUUGUUGGAAAUAGAAUAAAUUACAGAACUAGAGUUCCAAUAGUUCAGUUUUUAUUAAGAAAGAUUAUCAGUGAUGUAACAAACACUUGUAAGUGGCAAUAUUGUAAACAGUUUUGUCUCAGAGUAUUUUAACUUGCUUCUUUAACAUCUUUCUCUAAAUAUACAUUUUCAGCUCAUCAAUAUAUUUCGAUCCUCUUCAUGUAGUUGAAUACUACUCAGAAAAAAUCUGAAUUGCAGUGUAGAGUACUACCUUAAGAUUACAAACAGAUUGAAAUAUGUUAAUCAUUCACAAAUCUGGCUUAUGAAGGUUAGACCCUUCUCAAAAGCUGAUAAU